CAACAUAUCACCAGCAGUCUCUCACAUCGUCGUGUCAGACAGAGCUAUGGACGCAGCGAUCGACCUUUCAGAUGCCUCCAAGGCACUAGAUCUUGCCAACAUCCGCUUCCAAUUGAUCCGCCUCGAGGAUACCAUCACCUUCCACCUCAUCGAACGAGUCCAAUUUCCCCUCAAUAGAACCAUCUACGUUUCCGGUGGCGUCAGGAUCCCCGGCAGCGAUCUCAGCCUGCUCGACUACCUCCUUCGCGAACAGGAGCGUCUCCAGUCCCGCGUUCGGCGCUACCAAUCCCCAGAUGAAUACCCCUUCUUCCCCGAUGUGCUCGAAGCCCCUAUCCUCCAGCCGCUACAAUACCCCAAGAUCCUGCACGAUAAUGACGUGAACGUGAACCCAAUAAUCAAGCAGCGUUAUGUCGAGGAGAUCCUUCCUGCCAUCUGUCCCAAAUUCGGACGAGAGGACCGUGGAGAGACGCAGGAGAAUUACGGCUCGUCGGCUACGUGCGAUGUCAAUUGUCUCCAGGCACUCUCUCGUCGCAUCCACUUUGGCAAGUUCGUGGCCGAGUCGAAGUUCCAGAAGGAGACGGCGAAGUUUGUCAAAAUGAUCCGGGAGGGGGAUCGUGCGGGCAUCGAUGAGGCUAUCACGGAUCUCAAUGUCGAGCAGAAGGUGCUUGAGAGGCUUCGGCUCAAGGCAAAGACCUACAGUACUGAUCCUGCCUUCCCGGCAGAAGCUGGCCAGAAGAUUAAUGUUGACGCCGUUGUUGCCAUAUAUAAGGAGUGUGUCAUCCCUUUGACAAAGGUUGUCGAGGUGGAAUACCUUAUGCAACGCCUAAAAGGUACUGAGUGGGAAACGCCUUAGCAGUAAUUACUAUGCUUUGCCAUUACCUUUAA